AUGGAAGAAGAGGCGACGCGGUAUCUUCAUGAUUUUCUUGAUUUUAAUUACUCCUCAGAUUUAUCGAAAGAUUCGUUAGUGCGGAACGAGGAUCUUGAUCGUCGUAUAAAAGACCGUCGCCGUCGUCAAAAAGAGAAAGAAAAAGAGAAAGAGCGUUCGAAAGAAUCACCGAAAAGUCAAGACGGGAAAGUUGAAAAAAGCUUAAAGAUGACUCUCAAUUUCCGUAAGAGUGAGAAGAAGCCCGAAAAGGACGAGAAAGAUGUCUUGUCGCGCGGCCGUGAUCGUGACCGCAAAAAAGACCGCGACCCACACAAACGGUCUCUGAGUCGUUCCGACGACCGCACGCGGCGUCGGUCUUCUCAGCGGAGUGACGAUCGGUGGAAGAGUGAGAAGACCGAGCGGUUUGAGAAGGAGAAAGAUGUUCAUCGGAGUGAGAUAUACACUGCGGAACGAACCAAGUCCUUGAAGCAUGCCGGCGAUGAUUAUUCAAAGAAAGGAAAAAGUGAUUUGUCGUUACUCUCCUAUUGUGAAGCUUGUAUCGGCUAUUUCCAGAUGGUUUGUCGCAAAGCUUUCGAGUGGAAUAGUGUCAAAAAUUUCUGGGAGUAUUGCAUCAAAGUCGCCGAGGACAGUAAUAAGACCAUCGUCGGCCAAAAAGUCGCUGAAAUCCUCGUCCAAAUCAAACUCUCACUAUUUGUAAACGAACAUCCAACGGCAGAAAAAUACUGCCAACUCGCACCAUACGGAGAAAUUGUUUCAAAGCUUCUGGACGACUUGGACAAAGCUCGGGCCCUUGUGGUAUCAUAA